CCUACCACUUCCGGGGUGUGCACCAGAGUAACUGUUCCGGUCGGCUUCUCAUCGCAAGACCAACUCAUCGCUCCUCUCGGAUCAAUUCAAGUCAGAAAAUACUAAGUUUUUCGUUUUUCCUGAUACCAACAUGCCUUUAAAGUUUGAACUGUGUCCCGGGAGGAUGAUUGGAGGCAACCAUCCGUGUUUUAUCAUUGCUGAAAUUGGACAGAACCACCAGGGCGACAUCGAGCUUGCCAAGAAGAUGAUAAAAAUGGCAAAGGAUUGUGGUGCAGAUUGUGCCAAAUUCCAGAAGAGUGAACUGGAGUACAAAUUCAACAAACGAGCCUUAGAACGCGCCUACACUUCCAAACACUCGUGGGGGAAAACUUAUGGCGAUCACAAGCGCCACCUGGAGUUCAACCAUGAGCAAUACAGGGAGCUACAGAAAUAUGCAGAGGACGUGGGAAUCUUCUUCACUGCCUCGGGAAUGGAUGAGAUGGCCGUAGAGUUUCUCCAUGAGCUGAAUGUGCCUUUCUUCAAAGUGGGCUCAGGAGACACCAACAACUUCCCUUAUCUGGAGAAGACGGCCAAGAAAGGGCGCCCCAUGGUGGUGUCCAGUGGGAUGCAAUCCAUAGAGACAAUGCGUCGGGUAUACAAAACAGUGAAGGAACACAACGAAAACUUUGCCAUCUUGCAGUGUACCAGCGCAUACCCCCUUGAGCCUGAGGAUGUCAACCUCAGAGUGAUCACAGAAUACCAAAAGGAAUUCCCCGAUAUUCCAAUUGGCUAUUCAGGCCACGAGUCUGGAAUCAGUAUUUCGGUGGCAGCUGUUGCUUUGGGGGCAAAAGUCAUCGAACGUCAUGUGACACUGGACAAGACGUGGAAGGGUAGUGACCAUGAGGCGUCACUGGAGCCUUCUGAGCUGGCUGAACUGGUUCGCUCUAUCCGACUUGUGGAGAAGGCGCUGGGUAGUGGACUCAAGCGGAUGCUUCCUUGUGAGAAACCAUGCCAUGACAAGCUGGGGAAAUCUGUGGUGGCCAAGGUGAAAAUCCCCAAAGGAACAGUCCUCACUCAGGACAUGUUGACGGUGAAGGUGGCCACGCCCAUGGGUGUAGCAGCCGAAGACAUCUUCCAGCUGAUUGGCAAGGUUGUAACUGAGGACGUGGGAGAAGAUGAGAGCGUCAUACCAGAGGUGGUGGAGAGCUAUGGGAAGAGGGCCAAAUGCUGAUAUUUCCAAGACUGGGACUAAAGCACUUACGUACAUGGUGAGGCCCUUAAUCAUGUGGGCAUAAUUUGGCGGGUGAUUUUUUUUGUAUAAGUUUCAGUAAUCACGAACAAGAGUGGGUAAUUGUCCUAAGAGGCGGCAAUGACAAUGUCUCCUCUUCCUAAAGGCAAUGAUGCACUGAUGAAAACAAGAGGUCACGUGUACGGUAAUUAGUGGCCAAUGUCAUAAACAGUGAAGAAGGCUGCUAAUUAGCCCCGGCUCGAUGAAGUAUCUGCUCUAUUGCUUCUUUGUAGAAGGCAGUGUCAAUUUGUUUGGUGCCUGUGAAAUAAAGAUUUAAAUCA